AUGUCGCUCCCCUUCUACCUCGUAAACGCGUUCACCCUCCCCACUUCCCCCCACUCUGGGAAUCAGGCCGCCGUGGUCGUCCUGCCCGCAUCCCAUCCCAAGGAGGCAGACGACGAGUGGAAGCAGCUAACUGCGCGUGAUUUCAACUUUGCCGAGACUGCGUUCGUGACGAAGCGGGAAGAUGGGAAGUGGGGUUUGAGAUGGUGGACUCCUGCCGUCGAAGUCACACUGUGCGGUCACGCGACUCUCGCUGCUGCUACCGCGCUCUUCACGCUCCACCCCGCCGAGUCAUCUGUGACUUUCACGACCCGCUGGGCCGGCGAUCUGGUCGCGACUCGGCGAACGACACCACCGUCUUCGGGAAGCGAGACCAAGCCUUCGCUGGACGUGUCCAUCUCCCUGCCCGCCCUGGACGCAGAGGCUCUCAAGAACGUAGAUGGGUCGCAGACGAGCCAGCUGUUCCAGGAUGUCACACAGCUAGUGCUCGCUGCUGCGCCCAAGCUGGGCGGGCCGGAUGCGGUCAAGGACGUCUUUGGAUUCCAGUGGGGAGGGGAGGAUUCAGUCAUCGUUCAACUGGAAAGCAGCGUGGAUAUUGCGGCUCUGAAGGUUGACCUCAAAACAGUCCUUGAGAUCAGCAAAGGACUGGUCAUCCUCACUCAGGUCGUACCCGGCGAGAGCAGCUCAGGCAGGCUAGUGAUCCGCUCGAGAGUCUUCGCGCCAGGUGUUGGCAUAGAUGAGGACCCAGUGACCGGCGCCGCCCAUGCCUUCUUGACAUCAUACUACACCUCGCCAACCAUCUUCGCCCAGCUACCGUCCUCUGUCACGGAAGGGUCCACUCCAGAGACCGUAGUGCUCGACGCGUACCAGAUGAGCGAGAGGCAGGGGCGGCUGGAGUGUCGCUUGGAGAAAGGGGGACGGGUGGAACUGGUUGGACGGGGAGUCAUCUGGGGUAAGGGAGAUCUGAGCCUUUGA